GGUUGUAAAGCUGUAUGGAUUAUGACUGGUGGGAGGAAUGAGACUUCCGAGAGAUGCCAGCCGUGCUAAGAGCCCGUAAAUCCCAAGUGUGUUCAGGCUCAGACUGGAGAGAAGUACUGGAGGGAAAGGCAACACGGCUCAAUCAAAGUGAAUCCAAUCCAAUAUGUGGCUGCUGCUGCUGUCAUGUGCAGGCCUCUUGGGGGCGCUCUAUGCUCUGUGGUCCUGGUUCAUACCAGCUGUAGUGCAGUUCAACGGCAGUCUAGCACUGCUAUGGCACGAUGUCAUUGUGGAAAGAUGUCUGGAUGCCUUCACUGGGACAACGCGGCCACAGCGGCUACUGAGAGCAGUGCAGGAGAGAGCUACCAGAGGAGACUCGGAGAGCGUGAUCGCAGCCAUCGACCAUUUCUGCAGGCACCAGGAGUGGGCCAUGAACGUGGGUGAUGAGAAAGGCUUUAUCUUGGACUCAGUGGUGAGUGAGGUGAGUCCUCAGACGGCACUGGAACUGGGUACGUACUGUGGCUACUCCACGGUGCGCAUUGCCCGUCUGCUGCCCCCUGGUGGCCACCUCAUCACACUGGAGUUUAACCCGAACUACGCUGCAGUUGCCCGCCAGGUGAUUGCCUGGGCAGGGCUUGAAGACAUGGUGCAGGUGGUUGAAGGAGCUUCCGGCGACUGGAUCCCACACUUGAGAGAGCACUUUGGGAUUGAAUCAUUUGACUUUGUUUUUCUGGAUCACUGGAAAGAGCUCUACCUGCCUGACAUCAAACUGCUAGAGGAGUGUGGUCUUCUUCGGAAGGGCACCGUUCUGCUAGCCGACAAUGUCGUCUGCCCAGGGACUCCAGAUUACCUUGAAUACGUACGCAAAAGCCAGUCCUAUGAAAGCCAUUACUUCGGGUCUCACCUAGAGUACACCAGAGCCGAAGAUGGUCUGGAGAAGUCUGUGUACCUGGGCUAGCGUGUAGCGUGUAUCAACCCACCACAGGCUACACAUUUGGACUUUACUCCAAGACAACACGUCCCCUGUUUUUCUUGUGAAGUGCAUGUUUAGACAACAUAAUGCUGUAAAACAGUAGCAUUGUUCUGUAAUUGUUUAAAGUGCAUUACUUACCAUAAUUCUGUAUCGCUGAAAGACGUUUCGGUGUUUUACCAUAACACUAACACUAGAGGGCAGAAUGUGACGUGAUUCUGCCUUCUCUAACACUAGAGGGCAGAAUCACAUUGCAAUUACUGCUCAUCCGAAAAGUGUUUUACCCUCCAGAAAUGUUUGAUAUUGUUAUUUGAUAUGGACCGGUAUAAAACAAAUAAAUUAUAG